GCUACUGCAAAAACGGUCGCACCAGGUGUCAAAAAACAACGCAUCCUAUGUUUUGUCGCAGGUUUGGUGACGUCCAACAAUCGACUUGGUCUGAAGUCUGCGGGACAGGCCUAAACACUUUUCAUGUACAACUUGAUCUCACUUUUUUGUCCAUGCCGUCAUUUCGGUAAACAUACUGGCCGGAUAUGAACCGAUGAAACGCUUUUUUCUGUGAUUUGAAGCGAGAACGGUCUGGAAGGUUCGCCACCUAGCUUGAGCUACUGCUAGCUGCCAAGAGGGGAAGGAAGUGAGGAGAGAAAAAAAUGACAUCUCGGAGGUGGUUUCACCCCAACAUCACAGGCGUGGAGGCCGAGAACCUCCUCCUGACUCGCGGCGUGGACGGCAGCUUUUUAGCCAGACCCAGCAAGAGCAACCCAGGAGACUUCACCCUGUCAGUACGGCGGAACGGCGCCGUCACCCACAUUAAGAUCCAGAACACGGGGGACUACUAUGACCUCUACGGCGGGGAGAAGUUUGCCACGCUGGCCGAGCUGGUGCAGUAUUACAUGGAACACCACGGGCAGCUGAAGGAGAAAAACGGAGACGUCAUUGAGCUCAAGUAUCCUCUCAACUGUGCCGACCCGACCUCAGAGAGGUGGUUUCACGGACACUUGUCGGGUCGCGAGGCAGAGAAGCUGCUGACGGAGAAAGGGAAGAACGGAAGCUUCCUGGUCCGGGAGAGUCAGAGCCAUCCAGGGGACUUUGUCCUGUCGGUGCGCACGGGCGACGACAAGACAGACAGCAGUGACAGCAAACCCAAAGUCACACACGUCAUGAUACGCUGCCAGCAUGACCUCAAGUACGACGUGGGCGGGGGUGAGAAGUUUGACUCCCUGACAGACCUGGUGGAGCACUACAAGAAGAACCCCAUGGUGGAGACCCUGGGCACCGUGCUCCAACUCAAGCAGCCCCUCAACACCACUCGCAUCAACGCCGCAGAGAUCGAAAGUCGAGUUCGGGAGCUGAGCAAGCUGGCAGAGGCCACCGACAAGGUCAAGCAAGGCUUUUGGGAAGAAUUUGAGACCUUACAGCAGCAGGAGUGCAAGCUGCUCUACAGCCGCAAAGAAGGCCAGAGGGCCGAGAACAAGAACAAGAACAGAUACAAGAAUAUUUUGCCUUUCGACCACACGCGGGCAGUACUGAACGACGGCGACCCCAACGAGCCCGGCUCUGACUACAUCAAUGCCAAUAUCAUCAUGGUAGUAUCUACUAGCAUGGUAAACGGCCUUCAGCCCCACGACACACACAGGACCGCUACCACUGACCGUGAAGACAUCGAUGGUGUGCUUUUUCUUAAGCCGGACCUGGACUCCAAGUGUAACAGCACCAAGGUGAAGAAGUCCUACAUCGCCACGCAGGGCUGCCUGCAGAACACCAUCAGUGACUUCUGGAGGAUGGUGUUCCAGGAGAACUCUCGAGUCAUCGUCAUGACCACCAAGGAGGUGGAGAGAGGAAAGAGUAAGUGUGUCAAGUACUGGCCCGACAUGUCUGCUCUGAAGGAGUAUGGCGCCAUGCGUGUUCGCAACGUCAGAGAGACGGCAGCGCACGACUACAUCCUCCGAGAGCUCAAACUGUCCAAAGUUGGCCAAGGCAACACAGAGCGUACGGUCUGGCAGUACCACUUCAGGGCGUGGCCCGACCACGGUGUCCCGACGGACCCCGGCGGCGUUCUAGACUUCCUGGAGGAGGUCAACCUGAAGCAGGAGAGCAUCCUGGACGCGGGACCCAUAGCAGUUCACUGCAGCGCGGGGAUCGGGCGAACAGGGACGUUCAUCGUGAUCGACAUCCUCAUCGACGUCAUCAGGGAAAAAGGGGUGGACUGUGACAUCGACGUGCCCAAGACCAUCCAGAUGGUACGCUCGCAGCGCUCGGGGAUGGUGCAGACGGAGGCGCAGUACCGCUUCAUCUACAUGGCGGUGCAGCACUACAUCGAGACGCUGCAGAGGCGCAUCGUAGAGGAGCAGAAAAGUAAAAUCAAAGGUCGCGAGUACACCAACAUCAAGUACUCCUUGUCUGACCUGACGGGAGGAGAGCAGAGCCCGUUGCCUCCGUGCACGCCUCUUCCAACGCCCACCUGCACAGAGAUGAGGGAAGACAACUCCCGAGUGUACGAGAACGUGGGCCUGAUGCAGCAGCAGAAGAGCUUCAGAUGAGACUCUCCUUCGACCCCUCCCUGGUCCUCCUGCUGGUUCCACGACCCUGACGCCCCGACCGUUUCUUCGCCAGUGACGGAACAACGGACAAACACGACAACAGUACAACGCCGGAGAGCGCCUCGUCCCGUUCUCGCUCUCGCCAAACCACUGUGAUCCUCACGCCUGCCUCUGAGAGGCGCCAAAUCCCCAACGAAAGAAAGCGCAGUCCGGGUUUAGCUGUAGUCGGCGCUGGGAAGAGCGAGCGCCUAAACAUCAACUUCAUCCUCCAUUUUUUUCCUCUUUUUUUUAACGAAUAACUAAAGCUAAAUACGUAGAUUGUAGACUGACCUGAGAAAGUUCUGUGCCAACAUCUCAUCGUCCACUUCAAAGGUCAACGCGGGUGCUGAGGGAGACGUUUCCCAGGCGUAGAACGUAAAACCCACGCGUACGCUUUCACUGACCUCGCCACAACUGCCUUGACAAGAAACGUGCGUCCUCUCGCCACGUCGCCGCCUCAACUCGAAUGUCCUUCACGUUGCCGCGGUCACGCCUCGUCUGAUUGGCUGCGCUCAUCGUCCAAUUAAGAGUUCAGAGAUGCCCACAUUGAGAUUCCUCCACAUGGCUGCCAAAACGGCACACAAAACAAAACUUUAGCUUUCAUGCUAACCUUGAAGUGCAGAAUACAUAUGUGUCUUGUUUGAAACAGCAAUUGCCUUUCAUGAACCGUUGCCUCCUUUGAGCACCGUCACGUGGUCUUUACAGGUAGGGUCAAAGGUGACGAGGAGCCCGAUAUCACCGGUGAUUAGCUUAGCUUAGCAUAAGCCUGAGCGGUAACCGUUUUAUAGAAAACAUGAACGUGUUAGCAACGUGCUGCAGACAUCGUCCAUCAGCCAUAGUGCUGUUACCAUGGAGAUGUUUACUCCCUCGGAAAAACACUAACCCUGUGAGACCACAAACACUAUUUUUAACAAACACUAUCAAGUGUGUCGCAUUCAAAGGGAGACUGGAAUAUUCCCUUCCUGAAGCGUGGAGAAAUCUCUAUGGAAUGUAAAAUGAGCCCAAAAGAACAGAAAGUCUUGUCUUUCCGAGCAUAGCCAGACAGACGAGGGAUGCAAACUUUGCAUUUCCUGUUUCACAAUAAAAUGUCAAUGUCAUUUAAUGCGAAUCUGCAGCUGCCAUGUAUCUCCAUGGCUCACCGGUGCCUCUAGAGAAACCUAAUGGUAUUACAAGACAUGCGCAAUGAGGCUGAACUACACUUUUUGAAACUGCUUAAUGCUAAGCUAACUGGUGCUGUCAGUUUUCUCCUGUAAAGAUCUGACUUCCCGUCCGCCGUCGGAUGUUUCCGCUCAUUUCAAACGUGGCCUCAAGAUUUCUCAUGUGGAGCCUUUGCGGAGUGCUCACGUUCCGCUCGCCGCUCAAACGCCCCGCCCCCUUCCGUGCCGCUGCCGUACCUUCCGACUAACCCCCACCGACUGGGAUACUUACGCGUGUAGCGGCGUGCUAUAGCUUGCGAAUCAUGAUAGGCCCCGCCCACAUUAACCAUAACAACACGUCGGUGCAUAGACGUGCCUUCUGUGCGACCACGCUUGUUUUUAGUGCCCCUGACUCCCACCAUUCCAUCACUCGGACGUGACUCUUUGACCCCAGAAACAAAAGUCUAUUUUUGAAGGUGUAUAUUGUACAUGAGCAGAAUGUACUUAGCAGAAAUAACAUAUCUACUUGCCAGUAAGAUAAAGUGUAUGUAUAUGCAUCGUGCCGUCCUUGGCAGCACGAAACAGAGUUUAUUAAAAAAAAGAAAAAAUGCAGUUAACCACGUUAACGUCCUCACUAAGAAUAAAUGGCGAGCUCAUGCCUCAUUUCACUACCAUGUCUUUGAU